AUGGUGGUGAACCAAGAGGAGGUGGUUGAGGACCAAAUAGACAUGGACAUGAAGAUUCCAAUUCAGGGAAAGACUUGUUCCAGCUUUGGGGAAUGCUGUGAGCACACAGCCUACAACCACUGGAUCCUACAAGCAGAUAAUAACUACACUCUUCUGAAUGGCACACAAGCCAUGCACCGUGGUGAAGAGACCAACCGUUGGGUACUCAUCAAGGGCUUGGUUCCUUUUACUAACUAUACUGUACAAGUGAAUGUUUCAAAUAGCCAAGGCAGCUUGAUGAGUGAUCCUGUAACAUUUGCAAUGCCACCAGGGGCUCCAGAUGGCGUGCUGCCUCCGAGGCUUUCAUCUGCCACUCCAACCAGUCUUCAGGUUGUCUGGUUUACACCAGCUCGCAACAACGCUCCCGGCUCUCCCAGAUACCAACUCCAGAUGAGGCCUGGCCACUCCACCCAUGGAUUUAUAGAGUUAUUUUCCAAUCCUUCUGCAUCGUUAAGCUAUGAAGUGAGAGAUCUCCAACCAUACACAGAAUAUGAGUUUCGGUUGGUUGCCUCCAAUGGAUUUGGCAGUGCACAUAGUUCCUGGAUUCUCUUCAUGACCACAGAGGACAAACCUGGACCUAUGGACCCUCCAAUUCUUCUGGACGUGAAGUCAAGAAUGAUGUUGGUCACCUGGCAGCAUCCUUUAAAGUGCAAUGGGGUCAUUACCCAUUAUAACAUUUACCAACAUGGCCACCUCUCCCUAAAAACUUCUGGAAAUAUCACUAAUUGCACAGUGAUCCAUUUGCGCCCAUAUACUGCCUAUAAAUUUCAGGUAGAAGCCUGUACUUCAAAAGGGUGUUCCCUCUCACCAGAGUCCCAGACCGUAUGGACACUCCCAGAUGCACCGGAAGAUAUCCCGAGUCCAGAGUUGUUCUCGGAUACCCCAACAUCUGUGAUUAUAUCUUGGCAACCCCCCAAGCACCCCAAUGGCUUGGUGGAGAACUUCACAAUUGACAGAAGGGUUCAAGGGGAGGAAGAAUUUACUACCCUGGUGACUCUCCCAAGAAGUCAUCCCAUGAGGUUUAUUGACAAGACUUCUGCUCUUAGCCCGUGGACAAAAUAUGAAUACAGGGUACUAAUGAGCACUCUUCAUGGAGGUGCAAACAGCAGUGGUUGGGUAGAAGUGACCACAAGACCCUCACGACCUGCUGGGGUGCAGCCACCCAAGGUGCAUGUGCUAGGACCCGAUACAGCCAAGGUCACUUGGAAACCCCCACUCAUGCAGAAUGGAGACAUACUUAGCUAUGAGAUCCGCAUGCCUUAUCCUCACCUCACAAUAACCAAUGUUACUUCCUCUGUGUUAAGUCGAGUAAUUACUCAUCUGAUUCCUUUCACUAACUACUCUGUCACCAUUGUGGCUUGCUCAGGAGGCAACGGGUACCUAGGAGGGUGCACAGAGAGUUUACCUACCCAUGUUACCACCCACCCCACCCUACCUCAGGGCAUUAACCCGUUGUUGGUGAUUCCACUAAGUGAAUCAUAUGUUGGGAUUUCAUGGCAGCCACCAUCCAGACCAAACGGACCCGAUUUGAGAUAUGAGCUUCUGAGACGUAAAAUCCAGCAACCACUUGCAUCAAAUCCCCCAGAAGAUUUAAAUCUGUGGCACAAUAUUUAUUCAGGAACUCAGUGGUUUUAUGAAGAUAAGGGUCUUAGCAGGUUUACAACGUACGAGUAUAAGGUGUUUGUACACAACAGCGAGGGUUUCUCACCGAGCGAAGGAGCUACCGUGACAACAUUAGCUGGUCUUCCAGAGAGGGGAGCCAAUCUCACCGUAACUGUUGUUAACCACACGGCCAUAGAUGUGACAUGGGCUAAACCAACCUUUCAAGACCUACAAGGUGAUGUUGAAUAUUAUACACUUUUUUGGAGUUCUGCUACCUCAAAUGAAUCUCUCAAAAUCCUCCCAGAUGUAAACUCUCAUGUCAUCAGCCACUUAAAUCCAAACACAGAGUAUCGGAUUUUUAUCUCUGUCUUCAAUGGAGUCCACAGCAUCAGUGGUGAAGUACUGCGUGCAACCACUUUCGAUGGGGAGCCUCAGGGCAUGCUUCCUCCAGAGGUUGUCAUCAUCAACAGUACAGCUGUACGUGUCAUCUGGACAUCUCCUUCAAACCCAAAUGGUGUUGUCACUGAAUAUUCUGUCUAUGUAAAUAAUAAGCUCUACAAGACUGGAAUGAAUGUGCCUGGGUCUUUCAUUCUGAGAGACCUGUCUCCCUUCACUAUCUAUGACAUCCAGGUUGAAGUCUGCACCAAAUAUGCCUGUGUGAAAAGUAAUGGAACCCAAAUCACCACUGUAGAAGAUACCCCAAGUGAUAUACCAACACCCACAAUUCAUGGCAUCACUUCAAGAUCCCUUCAAGUUGAUUGGCUGUCUCCAGGGAAGUCAAAUGGCAUUAUCCUCGGAUAUGAUGUCUUACGUAAAACAUGGCAUUCAUGCCCUAAAACUCAGAAGUUAAGGAAGGACCACAGUGGUGAGCUCUGCAAGGCAGUGAAGUGUCAAAAACCUAAAACUAUCUGUGGAGAGAGGUGCUAUUCUCCAGAAGCUCAGGUUUGUUGUAAUGGAGUUCUCUAUGACCCCCAGCCUGGGCACCACUGCUGUGAAGAGAAGUAUAUCCCAUUCGUUUUGAAUUCAACUGUGGUUUGUUGUGGUGGCCGGAUACAAGAGGCUCAACCAAAUCAUCACUGCUGCUCUGGGUAUUACACUAGAAUUCUACCAGGUGAAGUAUGUUGUCCAGAUGAACAGCACAAUCGGGUUUCCACUGGCAUCGGUGACUCCUGCUGUGGCAGAAUGCCUUAUUCCACCUCAGGAAACCAGAUUUGCUGUGCUGGGAGGCUUCAUGAUGGCCAUGGACAGCAGUGCUGUGGUGGACAGAUUGUGAGCAAAGAUUUAGAAUGCUGUGGUGGAGAAGAAGAGGGCAUGGCGUACAGUCGCCUUCCAGGGAUGUUCUGUUGUGGGCAGGAUUAUGUGAAUAUGUCAGAUACCAUAUGCUGUUCAGCUUCCAGUGGAGAGUCUAAAGCACAUGUUAAAAAGAAUGACCCAGUGCCAAUAAAAUGCUGCGAGACUGAACUUAUUCCAAAGAGCCAGAAAUGCUGUAAUGGAGUUGGAUAUAAUCCUUUGAAAUAUGUUUGCUCUGACAAGAUUUCAACUGGAAUGAUGAUGAAGGAAACCAGAGAGUGCGGGAUGCUCUGCCCAGCAUCUCUGGAAGCCACAGCAUACUGCGGCAGGUGUGACUUCAAUUUUACCAGCCACAUUUGUACUGUGAUCAGAGGACCUCACAAUUCCACAGGCAAGGAAUCAAUAGAAGAAAUAUGCUCAUCUGCUGAAGAGACUGUUCACACGGGAAGUAUAAACACAUUCUCCUUCACAGAUGUGAACCUGGAGCCUUAUAUGACGUAUGAGUAUAGGAUUUCUGCAUGGAAUAGCUAUGGACGAGGAUUCAGCAAAGCUAUCAGAGCCAAGACAAAAGAAGAUGUGCCUGAAGGAGUGAGUGCCCCUAGGUGGGCCAAAAUGGAUAAUCGUGAAGAUGUGAUAGUCUUAAAUUGGAAGAAACCUAUACAAUCAAAUGGUCCAAUUAUUUACUACAUUCUUCUCCGAAAUGGGAUUGAAUGCUUUCGGGGGACAUCACUGAGCUUCUCUGAUACGGAGGGCAUUUGGCCAUUUCAGGAAUACUCAUACCAGCUGAAAGCUUGCACCGCUGCUGGCUGUGCUAUCAGCAGCAAGGUAGUUGCAUCUACGACCCAAGGAGUUCCGGAGAGCAUCCUGCCGCCCAGAGUCACGGCACCCAGCGCAGAAGCUCUGCAUUUGAGCUGGAGCGUCCCUGAGAAACCAAACGGCGUCAUUAAAGAGUACCAGCUCCGGCAGGUUGGGAAAGGUCUCAUCUACACUGGCACCACUGACAGGAGGCAGCAUACGGUCACAGGUCUCCAGCCAUACACCAACUACAGCUUCACACUUACAGCUUGUACCUCUGCUGGAUGCACUUCAAGUGAGCCUUUUCUAGGUCAGACACUGCAGGCAGCCCCUGAAGGAGUUUGGGUGACACCUCGACACAUUAUCAUCAAUUCUACAACAGUGGAAUUAUUUUGGAGUCCUCCAGAGAAGCCCAAUGGUCUCAUUUCUCAGUAUCAGUUGAGUCGUAAUGGAACCUUGGUUUUCCUGGGUGACAGUGAGGAGCAGAAUUUCACUGAUAAAAACCUGGAGCCCAACAGCAGAUACGUUUAUACAUUGGAAGCCACAACUGGAGGCGGCAGCAAUCCUAGUGAUGAUUACAUUGUACAAACACCUGCACUGACACCAGAAGAAAUCCAGCCUCCAUAUAACAUCACAGCAAUUGGGCCUUAUUCCGUAUUCAUAGCUUGGACCCCACCAGGGAUCCUCAUCCCCAAAAUGCCUGUGGAGUACAAUGUCUUACUCAAUGCUGGAAGUGUAGCACCUCUGACCUCCUCUGUUGGUCAUCAUCAAUGCAUCCUUCUGGAAAAUUUGGCUCCAUUCACACAAUACGAGAUAAGGAUACAAGCGUGUCAAAAUGGAAGUUGUGGAGUUAGCAGUAGGACGUUUGUCAAAACAUUUGAAGCAGCCCCAAUGGAUCUACAUUCCCCGGUUCUUAAGGCACUGGGGUCAGCUUGCAUAGAGGUUAAAUGGAUGCCACCUGAAAAGCCAAAUGGAGUCAUCAUCAACUACUUUCUUCACAGACGUCCUGCUGGUAUUGAAGAGGAGUCCCUUUUGUUUGUCUGGUCAGAAGGAGCCCUUGAAUUCACUGAUGCUUCAGAUACUCUGAUGCCUUUCACACUCUACGAAUACCGAGUCAGAGCCCACAACUCCAGGGGCUCAGUGGAGAGUCUGUGGUCAUCAGCACGAACCCUGGAAGCCCCACCUCAAUAUCUGCCAGCACCUUGGGUGCAAGCCACCAGUGCUCAUUCAGUUCUGCUGAAAUGGACAAAGCCAGAAUUGCCCAAUGGCAUUAUCUCCCAGUACCAUGUGGUCUACCAAGAGAGACCGGAUGAUCCAACAUUUAACGUCUCUACUGUGCAUGCUUUCACCGUGAUGGGAAUGAGCCUUCAAGCCCACCUGUUUGGGUUAGAACCAUUCACAACAUAUCACAUUGGAAUUGUGGCCACAAACCAGGCAGGAGAAGUUUCAAGCCCCUGGACUGUGGUUCAAACCCUAGAAUCUUCCCCAAGUGGACUGAGCAACUUUACCGUAGAACAGCAAGAGAACGGCCGGGCGUUGUUGUUACAGUGGUCAGAGCCUGUGAGAACCAAUGGUGUGAUUCAGACCUACAACAUCUUCAGUGAGGGUAUCCUGGAGUACACUGGCUUGAAUCGGCAGUUUCUCUUCCGACGCCUGGUCCCUUUCACUCUCUACACGCUGAUCCUGGAGGCCUGCACCAAGGUGGGCUGUGCACACUCAGCACCCCAGCCUCUGUGGACAGAGGAAGCCCCUCCCCACUCUCAGCUGGCUCCUGCGAUCCAGUCUGUAGGCUCCACCAGCAUUGAGCUGAGCUGGUCUGAGCCUCUCCACCCACACGGAAAGAUAAUUCGCUAUGAAGUGAUUCGCAGGUGUUUCGAGGGAAAAGCUUGGGGAAAUCAGACAAUCCAGGCCGAUGAGAAAAUUGUUUUCACAGAAUAUAAUACUGAAAGGAACACAUUUAUGUAUAAUGACACUGGUUUGCAGCCAUGGACGCAGUGUGGGUACAAAAUCCACACUUGGAAUUCAGCAGGCCACACCUGUAGCUCUUGGAACGUAGUAAGGACAAUGCCGGCUCCUCCAGAGGGUCUCUCUCCACCUGAGGUAGCCUGUGUAUCUAUGAAUCCUCCAAAACUGCUGAUUUCCUGGAUCCCGCCAGAACAGUCUAAUGGUAUUAUCCAGUCAUAUAAACUUCAAAGGAACAGAGUGCUCUAUCCUUUCAGCUUUGAUGCUGUGACUUUCAAUUAUACUGAUGAAGACCUGCUUCCAUUUUCCACGUACAGUUACGCAGUCAUAGCCUGCUCAGAUGGAGGCUGUUCCACCAGCGAAACCACCAGCUUUACCACUCCUGAGGCUGCUCCAGCAGGAGUCAGCCCUCCAGCUCUCCGGACCAUCAACGCCACUCAAAUAAAUGUAUCGUGGGCACCACCAUCGAUUCAAAAUGGAAAGAUCACUAAAUAUUUGCUUAGGUUGGACGGUAAGGAGUACCUUGCUGGGCAGAGCCUGUCCCUGCUGGUUUCUGACCUACAGCCUUAUACUCAGUAUAAUUUCUCCCUGGAAGCUUGCACCAAUGGGGGCUGUACGGCUAGUGCAUCCAGAUCUGCCUGGACCAUGGAGGCCCCACCGCAGAACAUGGACCCUCCAAAACUGCAAGUCACCGGCUCAGAAUCCAUAGAAAUCACCUGGAAACCUCCCAGAAAACCGAACGGCCAGAUCAGAAGUUAUGAACUUAGACGGGAUGGAACCAUUGUCUAUACUGGCCUGGAAACUCGCUAUCAUGAUUUUACUCUCACCCCAGGUGUGGAGUACGGAUACACAGUGACUGCCAACAACAGCCAAGGGGGUGUUUUGAGUCCACUCAUCAAAGAUAGAACCAGCCCCUCAGCACCUUCAGGGAUAGAACCUCCAAAAUUAAAGGCCAAGGGUCCGCAACAGAUUUUAGUGAACUGGGACGCUCCCGUGAGGACAAAUGGCCAUAUUGUCAAUUAUACCCUCUUUAUCCGAGAGCUGUUUGAAAAAGAAACAAAAGUCAUACACAUCAAUACAACUCAUAAUUCUUUUGACACACAGUCAUUCGUAGUAGACAAGCUGAAGCCGUUUCACAGGUAUGAAGUACGAGUUCAAGCCUGCACCCUGCUGGGAUGUGCGUCAAGUGACUGGACAUCCCUACAGACCCCUGAGGUUGCACCUCUGAUGCAGCCCCCACCCCAUCUAGAGGUACGGAUGGCUCCAGGUGGAUUCCAGCCCACAGUUGCCCUUUCGUGGAUGGGACCACUUCAGCCAAAUGGAAGAGUUUUAUAUUAUGAGGUAUACAGAAGACAAAUCACAACUCGGCCUGGAAAAUCAAAUCCAGUGUUAACCUAUAAUGGAAGCUCAAGCUCUUUUAUAGAUUUCGAACUAUCGCCUUUCACAGAAUAUGAGUAUCAGGUCUGGGCAGUGAAUUCAGCAGGAAAAGCCCCCAGUACCUGGACAUGGUGUAGAACUGGGCCUGCUCCCCCAGAAGGUCUCGGGGCCCCCACAUUCCAUGCAGUCUCUUCCACCCAAGCAGUGGUCAACAUCAGCGCCCCUGGGAAGCCCAACGGAAUCGUCGGUCUCUACAGGCUGUUCUCCAACGCCAGUGGGGUGGAGACAGUGUUGUCUGAAGGCAUGGCCACCCAGCAGACUCUUCACGGCCUGCAGCCCUUCACCACGUACUCCGUUGGGGUGGAGGCCUGCACCUGCUUCAAUUGUUGCAGCAAAGGGCCAACGGCAGAGCUGAGAACUCAUCCCGCUCCACCCUCGGGACUGUCCUCUCCCCAAAUCCAGACGCUGUCCUCGAGGACAGGGUCCUUCCGGUGGAGCCCACCCCUGUUCCCCAAUGGUGUCAUUCAAAGCUAUGAGCUUCAGCUCUAUGCGGCUUGCCCUCCAGAUUUAGCCACGCUGUGUGCCCCCGGCCAAGCAGAGACCAAGUAUGUGGGGCUGGGGCUGACGGCCAGCCUUGAGGGCCUCCAGCCCUACACCACCUACAAACUCAGAGUGGUGGCCCACAACGAGGUGGGCAGCACGGCUUCUGGAUGGAUCAGCUUCAUCACCCAAACAGAAUUGCCCCAGUACCGAGCCCCAUUUUUGGUGGACAGCAAUUUGUCUCUGGUGCGUGUGGACUGGAGUGGCUCUUUCCUGCUGAACGGCCCACUGAAGGAGUUCGUGGUGACUGAUGGAGGCCAGCGUGUGUAUAGUGGCUUCGACACCACCCUCUACCUGCCGAGGACGGCGGACAAAACCUUCUUUUUCCAGGUCAUCUGCACCACAGAUGAAGGAAGCGUUAAAACACCUGUGGUCCAAUAUGAUACCGCUACCGGAUUUGGCCUGGUUCUGACAACUCCUGGAGAAAAGAGAGGAUCGGGGAACAAAAGCACUGAGUUCUACAGCGAGUUAUGGUUCAUCGUGUUAAUGGCGAUUCUAGGCUUGAUCUUGUUGGCCAUUUUUCUGUCUCUGAUACUACAAAGAAAAAUCCACAAAGAGCCGUAUAUCAGAGAGAGACCUCCCUUAGUACCUAUUCAGAAGAGAAUGUCUCCACUGAAUGUCUACCCACCCGGGGAAACCCACGUGGGAUUAGCUGAUACCAAAAUUCCCCGGUCCGGGACACCCAUCAGUAUUAGGAGCAACCGGAGCAUAUCCGUACUUCGGAUCCCAAGUCAGAGCCAAAUAAGCCAAACCUGUUCCCAAGGCUCUCUCCCCGGCAGUGUCAGCCAACUCAUGCACAUUCAAGACAAGAAAGUCUUGAUCGAUGAAUCGCUGUGGGAAACCAUCACGGGCCAUGAGAGUGGAUUGUAUGUGGAUGAAGAGGACCUGAUGAACGCCAUCAAGGGCUUCAGCUCUGUGACUAAAGAGCAUACCACGUUCACCGACACCCACUUGUAA